AUGGGUAAUAAGUUUGGGAAGAAGAGGCAAGUUGUGGACGAAAGGUACACAAAGCCACAACAAGGUUUAUUAUACAUGAACAAAGAUGUAGACUUCAAAAAGCUUAAGAAACUCAUCUUAGAGUCUAAGCUUGCUCCUUGUUACCCCGGCGCUGAAGAAAGCUCUUCUCAUGAUCUUGAAGAUUGUCCUAUUUGCUAUCUGUACUAUCCGAGUCUCAAUAGGUCAAGAUGUUGUAUGAAAAGCAUUUGUACAGAGUGUUUUCUGCGGAUGAAGAAUCCUAGUUCAUCCCAACCUACUCAAUGCCCGUAUUGCAAAACAUCAAACUAUGCUGUUGAGUAUCGUGGAGGGAAGACUAAAGAGGAGAAGAAUAUUGAGAAAAUUGAAGAGCAGCGAGUUAUAGAAGCUAAAAUAAGGAUUAGGCAGAAGGAAGUUGAAGAAGAUGAAGAAAGAAUGCAGAAACGUCUGGAAUCAUCUUCUUCUAGGACAAGUGCAGUGACAGCUGAUACUGAGUAUGGUUCAGCUGCAGAGGAGGACGAGGAAACUGUUUCAUCUCAAGACUCAUGUGUUACAUCACACCCUCGUGUUAGCAGGGAUGGUGAGUUUGACUAUGAUCUUGAGGAUAUAAUGGUGAUGGAAGCAAUAUGGCUUUCCGUUCAGGAACCUGGAAAUCAGAUAAACUCGUCUUCUGAUGAAAAUUCAGAAGAUCAUAAUAACGUAAGAACAUUGAUGGCGUCUUCAACAUCAUCUUCUCCAUCUGGUGGACUAGCUUGUGCAAUCGCUGUUCUUGCUGAACGCCAGCAAAUGGUUGGCGAAUCUUCCUCCGUUAACACUUUAUCAUACAACAUAGGUCCAGGCAUUUGCAACAGCAGUCAUUACAGUGACAUGGAACAAGAUAGUAACCAUUACCGUCAAGAAGCAGGUAUCAGCGAUGAUACAACGAGAUCUGAUUUGACUGACGUUAGUGGCAGAGAGGUUUCCAGGGAAGUUACAUGGUAA